AACAAGUUUGCCGACGAGAGCACCCCUCUCUUGGACUCUGAUACUGGGACUAAUGUGAGAGCAUCAACCCCUUCAGUUUUCCAGGGAAGACAACUAGCAUGUGCUGCUAUCUUGCUGGCUGAAUCAUUGGAAAGGAUUGCAUUCUAUGGGGUCACAGCCAAUCUUGUUCUCUUUUUAAACAGUAGUCCUUUUUAUUGGGAGGGGACACAAGCCAGCCAGGCUCCUCUGAUGUUCAUGGGAGUAACCUACCUAAUCUCCCCGUUUGGAGGCUGGUUGGCAGAUGCAUACCUUGGAAAGUUUUGGACCAUUGCCUCAAGUUUGAUUUUGUACUUUAUAGGCAUUGUUUUUUUCCCUUUAAUUUCAAAUGACAACACCAGAAUAAAUAUGUGUGGAGAAGAAGCAGCAUUUCCUGUGCAACCAGCUGAGUGUCUCAGCACAAACAGUACCCCUCCAAGCAAUGUGACUUGCCCUAUCCGUGCACCUUACUGUGGACCUAUAGUCUACAGUGGACUUUUUAUCAUUGCAUUGGGUGUGGGGACUGUCAAGUCAAACAUCACUCCAUUUGGGGCAGACCAGGUGAAAGACAGGGGUCCAGAGGCCACACGACGAUUCUUCAACUGGUUCUAUUGGUGCAUUAACUUAGGUGCCAUCCUGUCACUUGGAGGUGUAGCCUACAUCCAGCAAAAUUUCAACUUUGAGCUUGGCUACAUCAUUCCCACUGUGUGCCUUGGGAUUUCCUUCCUGGUUUUCCUCCUGGGCCGAACAGUUUUCAUUACCAAGCCUGCUGAUGGUAGCGCUUUCACUGAUAUGUUCAAGAUACUGAGCUUCGCUUGUUGCUCAUCAAAACCCAAGGAGCCUGACUUGCUUCGCAGUCAACCAACACUAUUGGAUGGUGCCAAAGUGACCCAUGGAGGAAAAUUUCCAGAAGAGAAAGUGGAGGAAGUAAAAUCUUUGGUGAAAAUCCUACCAGUUUUCUUAGCCCUUAUUCCAUAUUGGACGGUUUAUUUCCAGAUGCAGACAACAUACAUUCUGCAGGGGCUCCAUCUAAAGAUACCAGUUGCUGCCAUGAAUAGCGCCACUGACUCCCACAUGAUGACAUUUCGCUUCCCAGCAGCCUGGCUCACCAUGUUUGAUGCUGUGCUCAUCCUCAUGCUGAUUCCUCUUAAAGACAAAGUAGUGGACCCUAUUCUGAAACGACGUGGCCUGCUGCCCUCUUCUUUGAAGAGGAUUGCAGUGGGGAUGUUCUUUGUCAUGUGGUCAGCUGUGGCAGCAGGCAUUCUGGAGACAAAACGCCUGGAGAUCGUCAAAGCAAAUGGUCCCAUUAAACAAGAACUUGGGAAUGUAAUCUACUACGCAGCAGAUUUACCCAUUUGGUGGCAAGUGCCACAAUAUGUGCUUAUCGGCAUCAGUGAAAUAUUUGCCAGUAUUGCAGGGCUGGAGUUUGCCUAUUCUGCUGCACCAAAGUCUAUGCAGAGCGCCAUCAUGGGGCUGUUCUUCUUUUUCUCUGGGAUAGGCUCCUUUGUGGGCUCGGGUUUGUUGGCUAUCGUAUCCCUCAAGGAGAUUGGCUGGAUGUCAUCUCACAAAGAUUUUGGAAACAUCAACGACUGCUCACUGCACUACUACUUCUUUCUUCUGGCCGGGAUUCAGGGCGUCACUCUUCUCAUCUUCCUUAUAGUCACUUUUAAAUAUGACAAGCAGAAGGGCCGAGCAGGAAGCCAAAGACAAAGACACGUCUCAUCCUGA